ACCCACAAGUGAUCGGUAUUUCACUGUUGGGUACAAAAAUUCCCAUCAGCUGUAGAUCCCACAAUUGCCAACUUCGCUCUCUUUAACAUCAGUCUUUUGAAUCGGACUAUCAGUCUGUGGGCAGAAUGAAGUGUGUUAUGAUCUUUCUUGUGUUGACGCUGGUCGUCCUCAUGGCCGAACCCGGGGAGUGUUUCUUUAAAUCUUUGUGGAGAGGGGCCAAGGCCGUAUACAAAGGAGCCAGGGGGGGAUGGAAAGCUUACAGAACUCAGCGUAAAAUGCUCAAGAUGGCUCGAGGAAGAGCGCAGUACCAACAAAGAGGAAGAGCGGACGACGAUCAACAAGAGCCAGAUUUUGUGAUCUUUAAGUGAGUCUGGUCAUUCUGAAGAAAUUGUUUUUUUGCUAUAGCUUUCUGCAAGAAACAAGCGUAUGAUUUAACAAACUGGCUGUCUCAAGUUUGCAUCAAGCACUUGAGAUGUAGUGACUUUUGGCACAGUGGCAAUUGGUUUUGACAAAAAAAAAAUUGCUAAAUAUUGUAAACUGCUGAAUAAAACUGCAAUAUAAAAACGUCA